AUGCACGUGAAUUCCGCGCUUAAUCUUGUCCUGCCGGCUCUUGCCUUCUUGGGCGGAACAGCAAGCUUGCCUUCUGGGCAAUACUCUAACUACGAAGUAGAGUUCAGAGAAACCGCUUUCGCUUCCAAUCAUGCAGGUCUCACUACUCGUCAAGAUGCGAAACCUGCUUUGAGAAUCUUGCCUUUGGGUGCGUCUAUUGUGAGCGGUGUUGGAACCAAGAUUGGAACCGAGACUGGCAAUGGUUUUCGAAAACCUCUCAGGGACCAAUUGAGAUACAAGGGUUGGCUUGUCAAUAUGGUCGGCAGCAAACGGAAUGGAGACAUGGUGGAUGGAGAUUUCGAAGCCACUAGCGGUGAUACUAUCGACCAGGUCCGCAAAGCAGGACGCAACUCAUAUGGAUACAAGCCCAAUGUCGUUCUAAUCAACGCCGGCACCAACGAUGCAAAUCAAAACAAGGUGGAUGGAGCAGGUAGCCGGUUGGAGGCACUCCUUAAUGAUAUUUGGACCUCCGAUGGUAUGUCCAAGACAUUUGUUGUUGUGUCAUCUGUGAUCCGACGCAACGAUGCUCAGGCAGAGCGCAAUCGACUAGAGAUCAACGAACAAUACAAGAAGAUGAUUAGGCGCCUCCAAAGUACUGGAAAACGGGUCGAAUAUAUUGAUAUCGACAUUCCGUUGAACGAGCUGGUAGCGGAUGGAAUCCACCCCAACGAGGCCGGGCAUAAGAAGAUGGCAAUCAAGUUCUGGUAUGCCAUCGAAUGGGCUCAUCAGGAUGGACUCAUUGCAGAGGCUUCUCCGUUCACUGCCACAGUGGGCAACACUUGUGACAAACAACCUGGACAAGCCCAGUACGGCGGUGUCACCCAGAAGGGCUCAGGCGAAGACGAUGGCAUCUACUACCAUAACAGCCAGGAGAUGGGCACUAUCUGGUCAUACACCUCGGAGUUUGAUCGUGAUCAGUGGUUCUUCACCAGGCUAUAUGGAUCAAAGUAUGAUGAUAUCGUUGGUUGGUGGUAUGCUGAUAAGGUGCUUACCUUUGCCACUUGGAAGAAUAACGGAGGAGGCAAGUUCUCCAAAGUGUCUGACCUACAGACCAACCUCUUCUGCAACCCUCGCGGCAUCUUCUGGGUUGAUCUCAAUGGCGAUGGCUACGAUGAUUUCCUGUGCGUCUCGCCCAAUGGAGAUACAUUGGCAUCUAUCAACAACAAAGAUGGAACCGCUACCAAGCCACCAACUUUCAAGAACAUCGGCAUGAUCAAGGGCAACGUCGGUUUCAAGCAGGACCGUGUCAGAUGGGGUGACAUCGACGGCGAUGGCAGAGCUGAUUACAUGAUCCUCGACGACGGUGGAAAUGUUCGUGCUUGGAGAAAUUCAGGUACCUCUGACACACCCAGCUGGCAACCUCUGGGCUUGCGCUUCUCCGCCAAGGGCAUGGGCGACAUGCGUGGUGUCCGCUUCGAGGAUAUCAACGGCGAUGGGCGCGACGACUGGUUGUGGGUGAGCGAGACAGGUGCCACAACAACUUGGACCAACUCCCGAAGCUGCAAGAAGGGGAAGCUUGGCGACGGCCUCAACGUGGCCUGGCGACAAGGUUUCUGGAAGGGCUCUUCUUCGGGACCAACCCAUGCCGGUGCUGGUUCUUCUAGUCGAGACAGAAUCCACUUCGCCAGGAUCUAUGGCGAUGCUGCUUUUGGGCUUUUACCCAAGGCAGACUAUGUCUAUCUACAAUCAACCAAGCAAACGGACGGCAGGUUCAAGUUCGACAUGAAGGUUUGGAAGAACACUGGAGGGGGUUCUACCAAGCUCAAGGCCGAUGGCAACAAGUACUGCAACAUGCACGGCCACUCAGAUGGACGACAAGACUAUGUUUGGACUCUAUCAACAGGCAAAAUGACUGUCUGGCCUAACCUGGGAAAGAAGUCUGUCAGCGGCGGCAACGAUGUCUUCUGGGGCAGUCCCAAAGAUCUCUGGAAGCCUUCAAAGGACAUGGAUCGUCGAGACCUCCAUCUAGUUGACUGGAAUGACGAUGGUGCGUGCGAUAUCGCAUGGGUCGAUCCCGACAACAACAACAAGGUUUCCGUCUGGAUCAACAACUACAAGAAGACGGGUUCUUUCACCUGGACAUACCUCGCCGAUCCAGCCCCAGUUUUGAACUGUCCCGAGAAGAGAGGAGUGGGUAUUCACGACCUUGCUGUCAGGUUUGCCGACGUUUCAGACAACAAGUUGUCAGACUACAUUUGUAUCCAGCCCGACGGGCGCUUCUACGGCUGGACUCACAACACGGAUGGUUCCUGGGAGAGAAUUGCCCAGUUCAAAAAGGCGGAGGGUAUCGAUCGUGCCAACCUUCGUUUCGGCAACGUCAACGGCAAGGGUGGUGAAGACAUGAUCUGGGUCGACAAGUACACGGGCGAUGCCACUGUCUAUAUCAACAGAGGCAAGAUGGAUACUGGCGGUAGCAACUGGUGGUUCUUGAAGAGCGGAAAACAGUACGAUGGCUCCUGGGCUGGUACCUGUCAGUACUUCCCUGACCUCGAUGGAGAUGGCAGAGCAGACUUGCACUCCAUCACGGCUACAUUCGACAAUCGUGGAGAAACAUUCUUCAACCGCUGUGGUAUGACGGACCGUACAGGCGAUGACAAAGGCUGGGCCCCCGGCCAGGAUCCAGGAUUCGGCGCCCUGCCAUCUCCCGGUUCCAAGCCAGGAACCGGUGUUCCAGCUCUUCCAUCAACUUGCGAGCCAAUCUGCUGGGAUGUGUCUGACGACAAAGAGACCAAGUGUGCCAAGGACGGUACCGACUGGGACGUGGUGAGUAGAGACAGUGACACCCCAUACGAUCGCUUGAACAUCCAAAAGCUUGCUGCCAUUGGAGACUCUUACUCGGCUGGAAUCGGUGCUGGAGACAGACUCGGUAGUGUCUCUGAAGCCUUCAAGUCUGGCAGUGACUUUGCUUGUGCCCGCUACAACAAGGCCUAUCCGUACCUUCUCAACCAGGACGAAAGAAUUGGCGAUCCAUCCCGUCGCAAGUUCCAGUUUCUUUCUUGCUCCGGCGCUGUUAUGAAAGAUGUGCUAGACAAGCAAAUUCCAGAGCUCGACAGCAACCAAGACGCCAUUACUUUAUCCAUCGGCGGUAACGAUGUGGGCUUGAUCGACCUGCUGAACUCAUGCAUUUUCCAAAUGGGUGUUUUCACCAAAGCCCAAGCCGCAGCUGCAAAGUUGAUUGCAGAGGCUGACAAGGAAUACGCAUGGGCAAAGGGCUUUGAUUGGGAUAGUCUCUCUCGAGGUUGCGAGGGUCAAAUAGAUCACAGCAAAUCCCUUGCCGACUCGCAGGCUUUCAGCAAGAACCUCGACGAUGUCUUGUCGGCUGCCAAAAAGAAGCUCAACAAUGGAGCCAAGAUUUAUGUCACAGGGUACGCCAAAUUCUUCGCCGAAACAAUGACAACCGAGUGUGACAAGGUCACUUGGACAACAUGGAUUUACAAAUUGGCAAAUCUUGGGCAACCGGCCGAGUACUUGACGAGAGCUCGUCGCCUUUCCCUGAACCUUUUGGUUGACAAAGUCAACUCGCAAAUUCAAGCGGCUGUUGAACGAGCAGGAGACUCGGUCAGGUAUAUCUCCUAUGACGGUAUGGUCGGCCAUUAUGGUGGCAGGUAUUGUGAACCAGGCGUCGAUGAGUCGACCAAUGAGAGUAAUACCAGGCGCGGACUCCUGUUCUACGAACUAAACACGUGGGACCCCGCAGGAACGACGCCUUGGAAGCGUGACACUGCUGGCGAACUGAGUGAGACAUUCUACGGUGGUAUGCUCGUUCUGGCACAAAUCACACGCCUCUUGGAUCCCGAUGCCGAGCUUCAUCACGACAAUGACAACAAGAAACGAUCUGUCUCGACCAAAGCACUCGCUGCACGUGCAGACGUUGUCGAUUACCUGGUGCCAUUCGGAUAUGCACGAGUCUUUCACCCCCAAAUCCCCCUGCAUUACUUGAUGGCAAGAUUGGUUGCCUUCGAGAUCAUGUCGGACCAUCUAGUUCGCACGGGGUAUGCGACUUGGCUCCCUGAUGAGGAUAUGAACUACGCUUGUGAAAAAGGCCCAGACCCGGAACCGCCAAAUGAUGACCCCCCCAGAGAAAAGAAAUGGUCUAUGGAAAUCUACAAACUGCAAUCAGACCCAAGCAAAACAGACUGCACUAAACGAGACGACAAACCGUAUAGAAAGGUCUGGGGUUUCGAGCUGGAAAAGUGUUACAACUUCGGGGAAAUGCCUGACACAGAUUGCCGACAAUACACUGGAAAGAAAGAGGAAGGAUGUCAGGGAACUUUCAGCCCACAUAGCAUCCUUGUCCCGGACGAAGGGUAUAACUGCAUCUUUUUCUUUGGUGAUUCAUGCACCCGUCCGUUUGAUCGCUCGUCCGACCACUCCUGCAUGUCAACAAAUACGGGCGACGGCUGGGUCGCUAAUCAAAUCGGGUCUUUCAGAUGCUUGAAAGAAACGAAGUAA